AUGGCUACGACGAACGAGGCUCUGCGCGGGUGGCAGGUGCUGGUGACGGACGAGAAGGGGAACGUGAUCACCGGGUCACGGCGGCGCUCGAGGAAGGGCGGAUCCGUCGAGAACGUGUACUUGCAACGGAUCUCCGAUGGGUUGAGUUUCGGCCGUGGGGACAGUGUGGUCGCGCACGACGCGUUGACGGGGACGUACUCCGUGUACUUGGUGCACGAGAUCCGGCUCAACACGCUGAACAACGUCGCCGAAAUAUGGGCUUUCUCGUACCUGCGGUCCUUUGAGUUGAAACCGGUCAAAUACUACAGGCAGUUUGCUCCAGAGCUGCUGGAGACACGGCCCUCCAUGGAGUCCCUCCACGAACGGCUUUUCGCGGAGGUUAACGCGAGCGAGCUGUACUUGACUGCGGAGUUGUCCGAGAUUUGGCUGAGGGACUUCAUCGGCAUCGCGAAUAUCCUGUCCAAGGCGGACUGGGACGCUCGGGGGGAUGCUAUCCGCCCAGAUCACGACUUCUUUGUUCGGUACAUCUGUGAACCCACAGCGGAGAACUUCGUCAGGAUCGACAUCUACAAGGAGGUCAAGAAGAUACAGAUGAUGGAUCCGAAGCGGUCUGAUGAGCAUCUCAAGAAACUCAGCGUCCCACCAGCGAAGCCCAGUGGGAAGUCUGGAAGUGUCCCGCACAGACCCAGGAUUCGCGAGAAGGCCAUUGAGGUCGGUAAUAGUGAACCCUUCGCCAAACGCGAGGGGUCAGACACCAUGGAGCAGACGGUGCAGACGGUGCAGACGGUGCAGACACCAAUGAAGCUACCCAUCUUGCAACCAAGAGAUAAGAAGAAGACAUCGGUGCCUAUGGCAACUGGGAUAAAGGGUGCCAACGAGGGCGACGAGAAACAGAAGCGGGAACAGGAACAGGAACAGAGGAAAGAGCAGGAGCGGGAGCAGGAACAGAAGCAGGAGAAAGAGCAAGAGCAGGAGAAAGAGCAGGAGCAGGAGGAAGAGCAAGUCGAUAACAUUGCCGCUGCACCUUCACCUCCACCUGCCACUGCACCUGCAUCUUCAUCUGCUGCUGAAACCGGUUCUGCCCCGACCUCGGUCUCAGCCUCGGGCUCGGCCGCGAUCCCGGCCCCCGACUCUACACCUCCCAAGAGCAGUAAAUCGUUGUUCAUCAGCGAACCAGAUACAUCAGAGGACCUGAACAAUAACAACAAGAGCUCCUCCGAUGUAAGCGAUCCAGAGGAGUUUGCCAGUGCAAACGACCGUCCCACGGAGGAUGAGAUCCAGAGCUCAAGCGGGAGCGACAUAGACCACGGGUUCGUUGUCCCCAAUGACCACUCCGUGUCACACGAGGAGUCCUCCCCAGACAAUGCUGAUCAGGAUGAGGAGCAGGAAGUGGACGAACAAGUUUACAGUUCGCGGGCGAAGCGGAAGGCUGCACACAGGAGAGAGGCCCUCAGGAGGAAGAAGUCGAGGCAGGCACGAAAGACGGUGAUGGCCGGUUCUGACUCGGAACUGAGUGAAAUCUCAGAUUACGAGGGAGCUCCGAAGGAGCCCACGCAGGAAACUGCUCAAGAGAGUAAACCUGAAUCACCCAGUGUGACAACGGAUGAUUCCUUGAUUGUAAGGAAACUUGAUGAGUUAAAGGCGAGGGAGAUCAGGCUGAGGUUGACGCAAAAGUACAAGAAACUGAAGAAGGACUACGAUGUAAAGGGCAGCUCGUCUGCGUCGGAAGAUGACGAGGGCUCAAGAAGCGGAUCCGAUGGGGUAAUGUCCAGUGAGAACAGUUCGAUCGAUGUCGCCGGGCUCGAGAGUAAACUGAGACCUGCAGAUCUUGGGGAAAAGGGAACUACGAUCUUCUCCAGGUUGAAGGGUAACGGGAACUUGAACGACGAUUUGUCCAUCGUAGAGACGAUAGAGAGCUACGUUUCGUUGCCCGCGAGGUCGAAGGAGUUUGCGAGGCUGUACCUGGAACUGUUCGACUCGCUUCGUAAAAAGGAGCCGAAGGCGGCGUUCAUCAGUGGGAAGACGAACACGGGGAAGAGCACCAUUAUCCAGCGUGUUGUGGAGGAGCUCGCCAAGUCGAGCAGGUGCAAGGAGUUGCGCAUAUUUGACUUGGUUAACGUGAACAGGUCGCUCCUUGAUUCCGGUAAACAGGACGUGUACUCUAGCAUAUGGAAGCAAAUGACCGGUGAGAAACUGACAGGGCACGUUGCGCAGAUGGCGAUGAAGCGGUAUUUUACAAAGUUGGGGGAGAAUACGAAGAGACAGACGGUGAUCGUUGUUGAUGAUGCUGAUUUAUUGGCCAAUAAAUGGACGAACUUGCUCAACGACCUGUUCGAAUGGAGUUCCUGUGAGAUUUCCAAGCUGAUCUUUGUUGUCAUCUCUACGAACCCAAACCUGCUGAGGGACAACUUGAACAGCCACUACUUGGAUUCACUGACGUACCUGGACAUCCCCUUCGACGACUACUCGUACGAGCAACUGUACAACUUCUCCGUUUUCAGAAUGAGGAGUCUGCUGACGAGCGAGUUCACGCUGGUGAAAUCCACCGAUGGCAGCCAAUGGCAGUUUGCCCCCGCGGACUCAAUCCCCGCGGAAUUCCAAGUCGUCAGGACAGUACGCUUAGAGAUGAGCGAGUCCUUCAUACAAGAGGCCAGCGAGCACUUCUGCCAGCUGCGGCUCGAUAUUGUUGGGAUCCUGCGUUUGUUGCGUGACGCGGUCAAGUACUGCCAGUCGAAUUACUUGGAGACGAAAUGCAACACCGUGGGGGCCGCCCCCUCACCACCGGACACGAUGGUCAUGUCCAUGGAAACAUUGCAGCAAUUGACGUCGCGAGACGACUUGUUGAGUAUGGCGGAGAAAGUCCGCGGGCUGCCCGCAAUAAUGAGACUUUACCUGACUGCGUCGCUGUCAUUACUGCUACGCAACCCACCAUCCUCUUUGUACCACUCGAACGUGGUGGAAGAGAUCGAAAGACUCGCCAAGUCGAACGGGGACGACCCACAUAUACAACAGGUACUGCAAGUGGUGGUCAACUCUACGGGCAGCAACAAGACAGACCUCCGGGCAUUGCGUGAGUUCAUCAACUGGGAACGUGUACUCGCGCGACUCGUGUCCCUGCAGUUACUCACGGAGGAGGCCCUGAGACAGGGCAGCCACCCUGAGACCACGGGGGACAAGAACCUGGAGGUCUGUGUCUCCCUCGAUUGGCUUGAACGGACCCUUGCGAGCGGGUUGAAAGUGUAG